AAUGAAUUAGUUGAUUUAUUUGGUUUUGAAAAUAUUGAUAUGAUUGAAUUUAUUGUUACAAAUAAAAAUAAUUUAUUAUCAUAUUUUAAUAGAAAAUAUAUAAAACAACAACAGCAACAACAACAACAACAAUUAUCAUCAUCAAAAACACAAGAUAGAUUACCACAAUUAUGUUGUCAAGUUAUUGUACAAUCAGAAAAAGAAAAAUUAUUAUCAAAACAAGUUAGAAAAGAAGAAAAAAAAUAUUAUAAAAAUAAUAAUAAAUUAAAUAAAUUACUUGAUUCAGAUAAUUCAGAUGAUGAAUUUGAUCCAAUAGCAUUAAGAAUAAAAAGACAAGAAGCAUUAAUGGCUAGUAAUGAAAGAAUAUUAGCACCAGUUGAAAAAUAUUUUAAUGCAUUUACAGCAAGUAAUAAACAAGAAAAAUAUCCAUAUGUAUUUGAUUGUCAAAAAAAUAAUAAAAAAGGUGUAUCAGCAUUAAUAAGUGGUAAAAGUAUAAUAUUACCAGAAAAUAUAACACGUAAAGAUAGUACAUUAUGUGAACAAGUUGAUAUACCAGUAUCAUCAUUUGGUUCAGUUGAUAUUGAUUAUAAAACAAUAACAAUAUCAUCACUUGAUAAUAUUGGUAAAAUGGCAUUUAAAGGAGUUGAAAAAUUAAAUCGUAUACAAAGUAUUGUAUUUAAUACAGCAUAUAAUAGUAAUGAAAAUUUAUUAAUAUGUGCACCAACUGGUGCUGGUAAAACAAAUGUUGCAUUAUUAACAGUUGUACAUCAAUUAAAAUUACAUAUGGAUGAUAAUGGUUUUAUUAAAAAAAAUGAAUUUAAAAUAAUAUAUAUUGCACCAAUGAAAGCACUUGCUGCUGAAAUGACAACAAGUUUUGGUAAAAAACUUGAUUGUCUUGGUAUUAAAGUUAGAGAAUUUACUGGUGAUAUGCAAUUAACUAAAAGUGAAAUACAACAAACACAAAUGAUUGUAACAACACCAGAAAAAUGGGAUGUUGUUACACGUAAAGGUACUGGUGAUAUUAGUUUAACAAGUAUUGUUAAAUUAAUUAUAAUUGAUGAAGUACAUUUAUUACAUGGUGAUCGUGGUCCAGUUGUUGAAGCACUUGUUGCACGUACAUUACGUCAAGUUGAAACAUCACAAUCAAUGAUACGUAUUGUUGGUUUAUCAGCAACAUUACCAAAUUAUAUUGAUGUUGCUAGAUUUUUACGUGUUAAUCCACAUAAAGGUUUAUUUUAUUUUGAUCAUAGAUUUCGUCCAGUACCACUUAGUCAAACAUUUAUUGGUGUUAAAUCAAUGAAACAAAUGCAACAAAUACAUGAUAUGGAUAUUGUUUGUUAUAAUCAAGUUGUUGAUAUGAUACAAAAAGGACAUCAAGUUAUGGUAUUUGUACAUGCUAGAAAUGCAACAAUAAGAACAGCAAAUAAAUUAAAAGAAUUAGCAAUACAACAUGAUACAAUAAAAUAUUUUAAACCAGAUACAAAUGAUAGUAAAUUAGUAGUUAAAGCAUUUAGUAAUUCUAAAAAUAAAUAUUUAUCUGAUUUAUAUUCACAUGGUUUUUCAACACAUCAUGCUGGUAUGUUACGAACAGAUAGAAAUAUGGUUGAAAAAUAUUUUUCACAAGGUUCAAUUAAAGUAUUAGUAUGUACAUCAACAUUAGCAUGGGGUGUUAAUUUACCAGCACAUGCUGUUAUAAUACGUGGUACUGAAAUAUAUGAUGCAAAACAUGGUUCAUUUAUUGAUCUUGGUAUAUUAGAUGUAUUACAAAUAUUUGGUAGAGCUGGUAGACCACAAUUUGAUACAUCUGGACAUGCUGCAAUAAUAACAACACAUAAUAAACUUAAUCAUUAUUUAUCAUUGCUAACAAAUCAAUUUCCAAUUGAAUCAAGUUUUAUAAAUCAUCUUGCUGAUAAUUUAAAUGCUGAAAUAGCACUUGGUACAAUAUCAAAUAUACGUGAAGCUGUUGAAUGGUUAAGUUAUACAUAUUUAUAUGUUAGAAUGAGAUUAAAUCCAAUAGUAUAUGGUUUAUUAUAUGAAGAUGUUAUACGUGAUCAAAAUUUAGAUGAAAAAAGAAAAUCACUUAUACAUUCAUCAGCAAUUAAUUUAGAUAAAGCUAAAAUGAUUAGAUAUAAUUCACGUACUGGUGAUUUACAUUCAACUGAUUUAGGAAGAACAGCAAGUCAUUUUUAUCUUAAAUAUGAUACUAUUGAAAUAUUUAAUGAAUUAACAAAACCAAUUAUGAAUGAAGCUGAUAUAUUAUCAAUGGUAUGUCAAGCACAAGAAUUUCAACAAUUAAAAGUACGUGAUGAUGAAAUGGAUGAACUUGAUAAAUUAACUAAAGAAUAUUGUGAAUUAAAUGUUGCUGGUGGUACUGAAAAUAUACAUGGUAAAGUUAAUAUAUUAAUACAAACAUAUUUAUCACAUGGUAAAAUUUCAUCAUUUUCAUUGAUAUCUGAUCAAUCAUUUAUCAUACAAAAUGCAUUGAGAAUUGUUAGAGCAUUAUUUGAAUUAAAACUACGUAGUAAUAAUGCAUUAAUGGCAACAAAACUAUUAAAUUUAUCAAAAAUGUUAGAAUUACAACAAUGGGAUCAUUGGACACCAUUACGACAAUUUCAUAUAUUAGGACAAGAUGUUAUUGAUAAAAUUGAUCAACGUGGUUUAACAAUAAAUCGUAUUAAAGAUUUGAGUGUUAAUGAAUUAAGUGAUAUAUUACGUAGACAUGCAACAGCUGUUAUUGUUAAAAAAUGUUGUAAUGAAUUACCAUCAAUUGAAAUGAAUGCACAAGUACAACCAAUAACAAGAACAGUAUUACGUAUUAGAUUAAAAAUUAAAUCAACAUUUAAAUGGAAUGAUAGUGUACAUGGUAAAACAUCUGAACCAUUUUGGAUAUGGAUUGAGGAUACAGAUACAAAUUUUAUUUAUCAUUAUGAAUAUUUUAUGAUGACUAAAAAAAUGGUUAUUAAUUAUGAAGAACAAGAAUUAAUAAUAACAAUACCAUUAUCUGAAGAUUUACCAUCACAAUAUAUGAUUAAAGCAACAUCAGAUAGAUGGCUUGAAUGUUGUUAUGUUUAUUCAUUACCGUUACAUGAUGUUAUAUUACCAGAUUAUCAUCAACCACAUACUGAUUUACUUGAACUACAACCACUACCAAUAACAGUAUUAAAAAAUGAUAAAUAUCAAUCUUUAUAUAAAUUCAGUCAUUUUAAUCCAAUACAAACACAAAUAUUUCAUUGUCUUUAUCAUACAGAUAAUAAUGUAUUACUUGGUGCACCAACUGGUUCUGGUAAAACAAUUGCUGCUGAAAUUGCAAUAUUUCGUGUAUUUAAUCAUUAUCCAAAUACAAAAAUUGUUUAUAUUGCACCAUUAAAAGCACUUGUACGUGAAAGAAUAAAAGAUUGGAAAAUUAAAUUUCAAGAUAAAUUAAAUAAACGUAUUGUUGAAUUAACUGGUGAUGUUACACCAGAUAUACGUCAAAUUUCACAAGCUGAUAUUAUUGUAACAACACCAGAAAAAUGGGAUGGUAUAUCAAGAAGUUGGCAAACAAGAAAUUAUGUUAAAAAUGUAUGUUUAAUAAUAAUUGAUGAAAUACAUUUAUUAGGUGAAGAUCGUGGACCAGUACUUGAAGUUAUUGUAUCACGUACAAAUUUUAUAGCAUCUGAAACUAAAAAAAAUUUACGUAUUAUUGGUUUAUCAACAGCAUUAGCAAAUUCAAUUGAUCUUGGUAAUUGGCUUGGUAUUAAACAAAUGGGUCUUUAUAAUUUUCGUCCAUCAGUACGUCCAGUACCAAUUGAAGUACAUAUUAAUGGUUUUCCUGGUAAACAUUAUUGUCCAAGAAUGGCAACAAUGAAUCGUCCAACAUUUCAAGCAAUACGUCAACAUUCACCAACAAGUCCAUCACUUGUAUUUGUAUCAUCACGUAGACAAACAAGAUUAACAGCAUUAGAUUUAAUAGCAUAUCUUGCUGCUGAAGAUAAUCCAAAACAAUGGUUAACAAUGCCUGAUAAUGAAAUGGAUAAUAUAUUGACUGGUAUUAAUGAUAGCAAUUUAAAAUUAACAUUAGCAUUUGGUAUUGGUAUACAUCAUGCUGGUUUACAUGAUAGAGAUCGUGAUACUGUUGAAGAAUUAUUUGUUAAUAAUAAAAUACAAGUAUUAGUUACAACAUCAACAUUAGCAUGGGGUGUUAAUUUUCCAGCUCAUCUUGUUGUUAUAAAAGGUACUGAAUAUUAUGAUGGUAAAACAAAACGUUAUGUUGAUAUGCCAAUAACAGAUGUAUUACAAAUGAUGGGACGUGCUGGACGUCCACAAUUUGAUGAUUCAGCUGUUGCUGUUGUAUUAGUACAUGAUGUUAAAAAAAAUUUUUAUAAAAAAUUUUUAUAUGAACCAUUUCCAGUUGAAUCAAAUUUAUUAAAUGUAUUACCAGAUCAUAUUAAUGCUGAAAUUAUUGCUGGUACUAUUAAAACAAAAAAUGAUUUUUUAAAUUAUAUUACAUGGACAUAUUUUUAUCGUCGUCUAUUAAAAAAUCCAAAAUAUUAUAGUCUUGAUAGUUUAGAAGUACAUGAUAUUAAUAAAUUUUUAUCAGCACUUGUUGAUAAUACAUUAGCAACUUUAAUUAAUGCACAAUGUAUUGAUUUUGAUGAAGAAACACAAUCAAUUAUACCAUUAUCACUUGGAAAAAUUGCAUCAUAUUAUUAUUUAUCAUAUAAAACAAUUACAUUAUUUAGUAAAGAAUUGAAAAAUAAUAUAUCAUUAAUUGAUUGUUUAAAAGUAUUAUGUACAGCACAAGAAUAUGCUGAAUUACCAGUACGACAUAAUGAAGAUAUUAUUAAUGAAGAAUUAUCAAAACAAUGUCGUUACGCUGCUUCUCCUGGUACAUUUGAUUCACCAAAUACAAAAGCAUUUUUAUUAUUUCAAGCACAUUUUUCACGUUUAACAUUACCAUCAACUGAUUAUAUUACUGAUACUAAAUCAAUACUUGAUCAAGCUAUUAGAAUAAUACAAGCUAUGAUUGAUGUUGUUACUGAAAAUGGAUGGUUAUCAAGUAUGUUAUGUAUGAUACAAAUAUUACAAAUGGUUAUACAAGCAAGAUGGAUUGAUCAUUCUGCACUUAUGACAUUACCACAUAUUGAUUUUCAACAACUUGCUUAUUUUGAUAAUUUACCAAAAUCAUUACCAGAAUUUUUGACAUUAACAAAAGAUUUACAAUUAUUUAAAAAACAUUUUAAUCAUACUAAUUUUAAUAAUUGGCAAAUUCAAGAAAUUUAUGAUUUUUGUAAAAAUAUACCAAUUAUAAAUGUUAAUAUUAACAUUCAAGAUAUGACUGAUGAACAAGAAAUAUCAGAUAAACAAAAUAUUGAUAUUAAAAAAAAUACAAAACAAAUUUUAGAAUUAUUUGCUGAUAAUUCUUAUACGUUGCAUGUUAAUUUAAAAAAAAUUAAUUCAACAAAAGGUGCUAAUAAAUUUAAACAUGGUAAAAGUAAAGAUGAUGGAUGGUUUAUUGUUUUUGGUGAUUUUGAUAAUAAUGAAGUUUGGGCGUUAAAAAGAAUUCAUUCACUUGGACAACAAUCAAAAAUACAUCAAUUGGAAUUUACAAUACCACCAUAUUUAGGUAAAACAACACUUGUUUUCUAUUUGUUAUCAGAUUCAUAUAUUGGACUGGAUCAACAAUACAAAAUUAAUACAAUAAUUAAAACAAAAAAUUUGGAUUGAAUGUUUUUUUUUUUUUUCUUUUCUAUUUAUGGUUUAUUUAAAUACUUAUUAUUUAAACCAAAAUAUUUAUAUUAUGAGAUUGUAAAGCUGUAAUUAUUAAAAUAUACUAAAAAUAA